CUUUUAAUUCUAGUGCUCUCGUGCCUGUGCUACACACUCGCAGUGGCACUGCCCACACAGAAUGGCGACGCAGCUGCAAGCGCCGAACUGCCGCCGCAGCGCUUCGCUAGCGAUGCUUCGCAGAAGAUUGCGUUGAACAUGCUGAAAUUCAAUGUGGAUAUCGACUCCAAUCAAGUUUAUUCACCUUUGGGCAUCAGCUCCAUACUGGCUGUCUUAGCGGAGGGUGCGGCAGGCGAGACAUAUGAGGAGUUCAGCAAGACACUUGGCUUCCCCGCCGAACGCGCCGAUUUGCGUGCUUCCUUUCAGCGCAUACUCUCGCGCUACCAGAAUAAAGAAUAUUCCACGGCGCCUUCUUUCCAAACCUGGUUGUACAUCUAUCGCAACAACACUGCACGCGAUGAGUUCAAGCAGUUGGUGCGCGACAACUACUUUGUCAUGGUCAAAGACAUCAACAGCGAUGAGUAUGAUUGGAAUGAGCCAAAUACUUCGUUGGAUGUCGAGACCAGUUCCGUGAGCAACAGCAAAGAUGUUGUUGGUUUUGAGACACUGAAGCGCUUGCGAGCCGAUGCCAAUUUGGCUGCUGCUGCUACAGAGACACAGUCUGCUGAUACAUACGGCGAGGAAGUGAUCGAUAAGGAAGCGUCUAAAUUCGAUCGUGUUGUGGACGAUAAGCAGUAUGUGGAAAAACCAGCAAUAUUGGAGGAGAUUAAGAAGCAGCAAACUGAGAAACAAGAGGACGAGAAAGUUGACGCCGAACCACUGAAAGCAGCUGAAGGUUCAGAAAGCGCUGCCACAAUCGACGAAGUGAGCGAACAAUUAAAAGAAACUGAAGCAGCAGAUAUCGCAGAAAUACCAAAACACGAAGACGAGCUGAUUGCCAAGGAUAUUAGUAAACGCGAGGAGGAUGUGAAUUUCGAAGACAACGAGACGGUGCAUUCGGGAGAGAAGUUGCAAAAGCUUUAUGGCGAUGACAGUGACGGUGUUAUACCGAUACAGGAAGUGUUGGACUCCAAUGAGCCGGAAAAGGUUUCUUUGCCGCUGCAAAAGCUGGAAAGCGCACUCGAUACGGCGAACAAAAACGCAGGCGAGAUAAUGAUUGCGCUAGAGUCCCAUAUAAGCUCGGUACGAAGGGCUUUGGGCGCCCGCAGUCUUUUCCGCAAAGAGGACAUCGCGCACGCAUUGAGCGCUAAUUCAAUAACUGGUCGUGAAGCUGGUUCGAAGACUAAAAUGCUGCUAUUCAAUGGUCUCUACUUUGCCGGUCUCUGGGCGCAACCAUUUACCAAACUGAGCUCAGAAGACGAAAGCUUCUUCUUCAUGACAGCCGAGGAUGCAAUGAAAGUACCAAUGAUGGAAACCAUGGGCACAUUCCAUGUCGCCGAAUUGAAGAAUUUAAAUGCAAAGGUGAUCUGUUUGCCAUACGAGAACAAAAAAUAUGCGAUGAUGAUUGUGCUGCCCAAUGAGACAGAGGGGCUGCGAUCGCUCAUCGAGAAACUGCAACCCGAAGACUUUAAGAAGGCUAAAUCGCAGGUACAAAAGAAGGAGCUACGUCUCAUAAUGCCCAAGUUCCAAGUCGAUGAAACUUCACGUUCCGAAGCCAUGUUGAAGAGCAUCGGUUUGACCAAGCUCUUUGCGAGGGAAGACUCCGAUCUUAGCUUAUUGUCUGCCGAUAUUGAUCUACAUGUGGACGAAGUGGUGCAAUUUGUGAGUGUGCGUGUCGAUGAGAGCGGCAGCAGCGAGAAUGGGCUCACCGCCUCCGACACACAGGCACGCACAGCUGCCGCCCCCGAAAUCGAUUCGAUUGAAGUGAACCGUCCAUUCUUGUAUUUCGUAAUGGACUGCGAGGAAGAGUUUGUGCUCGCUGCGGGUAAAAUUUACACACCGGAACUAAAGGAGGAUCCGCCGAUUUCCAUUGAAGUGGAGUUUGAGCAAUAAUUGAAUAAUUUUACAAGACAGCCCGACAUUUAUAUAAACUCAUCUGCAAUAUCGAGAUUUUAGG